AUGCCUUCAGCAGAUUCACAACCCAACGGCCACCAUGAGGCUCUCAAUCCCAUUCAUCCCAAUAUGCUCGACCGGCUUGAUCCCGUCUUUGUCGAUCUCUAUAACAAGUAUGUUGCCAAUACGCCUAAUAAACCUAUAGACCUGGCCUUCCUCCGAUCCAAAUACUCGGUUCUCUACUCUUAUGGCACAGGCCCCGCCCCCGAUGUUGCUCGCAUCUAUGACACCAAGAUCCCCGUCGCUCCAGGCGUAGAGAUCGACGCCAGAGUGUAUGAGCCUUCUGCUGACGGACCCUGGCCUGUCCAUGUUGACUUUCACGGUGGUGGAUGGGGUCUUGGAGAUCUUGACACCGAAGCCCACAUCUGCAAGCAUAUCUGCCACAAGGCCAAGGUUGCCGUGAUUGACGUCGCCUACCGGCUGGUUCCCGAAAAUGUGUUCCCCACGGGCAUUGAAGAUUCAUUCGCUGCGGUCAAAUACAUUUACGAGAAUGGAGCACGAGAAUUCAACAUCAAGCCAGACAGCAUUUCAUUGGGUGGUGUGUCUGCUGGUGCCAAUAUUGCCUUGGUCUGCGCACAUUGGGCUCGAGAUGCACAGAUUCCACUCCGUCUGAUCGCGGCUGGAACACCGACCAUCGAUGACCUUGCCAAAUACUCAUGUGCCGCUGAAUCUCCGUUCCCUUCGAUGCAAGAGAACGAAUUUGCACCCACACUCAACUGGGCGCGACUCGCGUGGUUUGACAAGCUGAAGUGGAGCUCUCUCUCGACCGAUCCAGUGAUUGAAAAGGAACAGCGAGCCCGAAUUGGCUGGACGAAGAAUCUCCUCGAUGCGCCCAACUUCACAGGUUUAGCAAAGACGGUGAUUUACACCGCCGGAGCCGACCCUCUACGAGACGAAGGUGAAGCAUACGCCAUCAAAUUGGUGGAGCACGGUGUGGAGGUGGUGAUGAAGCGCUUUCCUGGAGUGCCACAUCCAUUCAUGCAUAUGGACAAGGAUCUCUGGCAGGCGUCCCAGUUUAUCGACAUGACUAGUAGAGAAAUUCGAGUCGCGCACGAGUAGGAUCGGGACUGUGUAGGUAUCAUACAAGCUGUACAGCGAACGGCGUUUUUGGUGGAUCUGACAACCAGGUAGUUUUGAGGAAUUGAAAAGCCGUACCG